AUGUUUCUUGUAGCCCCCUAUGCAACACUCCUGCUGGUCUUUCUCUUUCUCUACUUCUUCGUGUACCCGUUCGUCGAGUACAUCCGAGACCGCCAUGGCCUCCGGAAAUACCCCAACAUGUCCCUCUUCUCGGGCAUGUCCAACAUCCCCUUCAUGAUCCUCGCCUUCGGAGGGUUCAGAUCCAAAUACCUGGCCGAACUGCACAAGAAACACCCCGUCAUUCGCACCGGCCCCAAGACCCUGUCCUACGGCGACGCCCGCGCCAUCAAGGACAUCUACGGCCACAACACCAAGUGCUCCAAAGACCGCUCCUACAUCGUCACAUCCGGCACGCACUUCCAUCUCGCCGACGUGGUCGACAAGCCCGAGCAUGCGCGCAAACGCAAGGUGCUCUCGUCCGCCUACGCGCUCAAGAACCUCGAGACGUGGGAGUACAAGGUCACCGACAAGGUGCAGCGUCUGUUCGCGCACUUCGACAAGGUCUGCACCGCGCCCUUGCCUGCUGGCCAGAGCACGCCUGACCCGGCGGAUCUGACGCUCGACUUUCGCGCCUGGACCAACUUCUUCACUCUGGACGCCAUCGCGGAUAUCGGGCUGUCCGAGCGGCUGGGCUUUCUCGACAAGGGGAAUGACAUCUGCCUCGCGCAGCGAAAAGACGGCACCACGUACGAGGUGCACCUCCGCGAGGCGCUGUAUCCGACAGCGCGCAAGCAGUCGCUCCUCCUGUGGAACUACGAGUGGUACCCGGUGAUCAACAAGCUGGCCAAUAUCAUCCCGUUCUUCGGACGCAUGCAACGGUCCGCCAACCACGGCGAGAAGCUGGACGACUUCUUCGCGGCGCUGAUGGAGGACAAGGACGGGCGGCCCAACAACCUGGAAUGGGGCGAGAUUGUGGCCGAGGUCAACAUCAUGCUC